AUGGGAGCGGGGAGGGUCUGGCCGGCCCGAGCAGCGCAGCGUACUGGGUCUCCCCGUAACAGCUUCACUUGUGUCGCAGGAGUGGAGUGGGGGCUGAUUUUUCCCGAUGCUAACGGGGAGUACCAGUCGCCUAUCAACUUGAACUCGAGAGAAGCUAAAUAUGAUCCCUCGCUCCUGGAAGUGCGUUUGUCGCCAAACUACGUGGUGUGUCGUGACUGUGAAGUGAUCAACGACGGGCAUUCGAUUCAGAUUGCCCUGAAGUCAAAAUCAGUGUUAAUAGGGGGGCCAUUACCUCGAGGACAUGAGUUUGAACUACAUGAUGUUCGAUUUCACUGGGGGAGAGAAAACCAGCGUGGUUCUGAACACACAGUUAAUUUUAAGGCCUUUCCCAUGGAG